ACGUGGCCCGGUUAGCCCAACGUCAUGACGUAACCUUACGUCCAGAGCGGAGCUUUAGCUUCUUCCUGUUGUUAUGUUUUUUUAGAUUUAAACUGAGGGAACAUUCACACAGACACACACAGACAAUACUCCGGGACACACACAGACAAUACUCCGGGACACACACAGACAAUACUCCGGGACACACACACACAGACACACACAGAUAUACUCCGGGACGCACACACACAUCUGCGCUGCUGCGGUCAAAAUGUCUGCGGGCUCCGGGAUCAGGAACACGAACACGGAUACAUGGGGAAGCUUCGAUGACAACCUCAUCCAGGGCGGCGGCGGCGGCGGCGGCGGCUCGGCGGUCAUCGACAUGGAGAACAUGGACGACACGUCGGGCUCCAGCUUCGAGGACAUGGGGGAGAUGCACCAGAGGAUGAAGGAGGAGGAGGAGGUGGCAGCAGAGGCGGCCGCCACUGAGGACGACAACGCCGAGGACGGAGAGUUUCUUGGCAUGAAGGGGUUAAAGGGUCAGCUGGGUCGACAGGUGGCAGAUGAGGUGUGGCAGGCGGGGAAGCGUCAGGCCUCCCGAGCUUUUAACCUUUACGCCAAUAUCGACAUCCUGAGGCCAUACUUUGACGUGGAGCCAGUUCAGGUCCGCAGCAGGCUGAUCGAGUCCAUGAUACCUGUCCGCAUGAUCAACUUCCCACAGAAGAUCGCAGGCGAGCUGUACGGUCCUCUGAUGCUGGUCUUUACUCUGGUCGCCAUCCUGCUGCACGGGAUGAAGACGUCCGGAACCGUCAUCAGGGAGGGGACUCUGAUGGGCACUGCUAUCGGAACAUGCUUCGGUUACUGGCUGGGAGUUUCCUCCUUGAUCUACUUCCUGGCGUACCUGGUCAACGCUCAGAUCACGAUGCUCCAGAUGCUGUCCCUGCUGGGUUACGGUUUAUUUGGUCACUGCGCUGUCCUUUUCAUCACCUACAACAUUCACUUCCACUUCCUGUUCUACGUCCUGUGGUUGCUGGUUGGAGGACUGUCCACUCUGCGUAUGGUGGCGGCUCUGCUCUCUAGGACCGUCGGUCAGACGCCCCGUCUCCUCCUCUGUGGGACGCUCUCCCUGCUGCACAUGCUCUUCCUGCUCUACCUGCACUUCGCCUACCACAAGAUCGUGGAAGGGCUGCUGAUCUCUCUGGAAGGACCCCACCUGGCUCCGAUACAGCGGGUGGCCCGAGAUGUGCCCGACCUGAUUCUCAACGCCACAGGUAGGACUCUGGGGGCCUCCAUGAUGGUCCACUUGGGGUCCACUGGGGGUCCACUGAGGAUCCACUGAGGGUCCACUGGGGGUCCACUAGGGAUCCACUAGGGGUCCAUUGAGGGUCCACUGAGGGUCCAGACACUCACAGACGUGUUUUAAAAGAAGAAAGUUUUUGUGUAAAUGAUCAUAUUUUGGAUCUGAACAUUAGUCAGGGGUGUCUGAGUGGAGCUGGUUUUGCUGGUUCUGCUGGUUCUGUGUUAACCUUUUAUUCUGUCUUGUUUGUUGUGUUAAUUGUUUCUGUACAAACAGUCAAAUAAACUUUGGGGCUUUGAA